GUCCGAGCGACCGAUCCGUCCUGAGAGCAACUCGCUCGUUCCAAAAGUGACGGGGUUUAAUGAAAUUCAUAGCGGCGCCGCGCGACAUAGCUCGCGAAACGUCGGAAUAUAUUUAAUUAAUUCUUUUAAGUGGCGAUAUUGCUGUUAACUUCGUCAGCGAUAGCGGCCCGCCGGUCGGUCGCUAAUUUAAUAGAGUUUAGCUGAACACUUGGUCGCGAUCGAGCGCUCGAUCGCGAUCAAUGAUCGUGAGCCACGUGGCUCGAUCGUUCCCAGCACGCGUUUAGCCGAGCGAGACGCCGAGGGAUGCGGUCAGGAACGGACGGGGGCGCAACAGUUGCGUGGGUGGAUGCGCACCCGAUGAGGGAAUGGAGCGAGGGGAUAGUGGAGCGGAGUCCGGAAGAGGGAUGAGAGGGCGAGCACACGUAGAAGGGGGCUGAAACCCGGCGGCCGUUGUGUGACGUGCCUCAGUAUUCAUCUAGCAUUCACGUCGCGAGCAACCCCAGUCCAGGCGGAAUUUCGCGAGCUGAGCCGUGGGAGAUCUCGGACGGACGCGAAAAUCGCGAUUAUCACCCGCAAUCGAAAUCGGAAUCAUCCAUCGACCGCAGACUCCCAGAAGCCGCCGCCGCCGCGCGCCUCCGCUCCUCGUAUCCUCGUUCUUUGAUUCACGUUGGGGAAGAGGCAAAGCUCGUCGUAGUGCAAUCAGUGGUGACAGACCGGUAUUGACAGACCGGUAUUGACAGACCAGUAUUGACAGAGAGAGAAUACUGAGAGAUGCGAAGAGCAGCGGUCUCUGAGUCGGUGCGCUGAGUUACACAACGUGGAAGCUCGUGAAAAGUCCCGCCGGAGUGAAGGAGAAGACAUCGAGUAGUCUGGUGUAAUGGUAUAAGGAGAGAGAAAGAGACAGAGCUACACAGACAGAUAAAUAGAUAGAGAGUGAGAGAGUGAGGAGGAGACAGAGAGAGAGAGAGAGAGAAGGGAAAAGAAGUGGUGGACAGAUCGGUGCGUAGGUGUGUACGCGUGUAAUGGUGAGGCAAGUUGCACGCGCACGAUGCAGCUGAUGACCUUGAACUCCCUGCUGAUGUUCGACCUCGUGUUCCUGUUUUUCCUGUUCCUCGUCGGGGUCUCCUGCCUCGUGUACUACCUGCCGGGUACUCGGGCGCAUACCUUCGCGCCGCACGAGAUCAUCACGGCGCGAACGCCGCCGCGCUAUGACGCACCGAUCGACAAUGUGUAAGAAUGCCGACGGACGGGACCGGGGGUCCAGGACUCGCGGUAGUGGCAGGGGAUGUCCUUGCUUUGCGAGGCACAGGACUCGCUGCUGCAGAAACUUGGGCUCUCCUCUGCCAGGCUGCCCAGGCCCUCCAGGACCUUUUUCUUUCAAAUGGAGGCGUAGUGGGUGGUUCGAGAACAGGCCCAGUGGUGACUCCGCAUACGCUGGAACUGACACCACGUGGUAGGGUUUUGCUGCAGCUUGCACCGCCGGAAACUGCUCGAGCGUACCUGCCGCCAGAAUAUCGACCCGGCCGCGUUUAUUCGGACACGGAUUCGGAAAAAAUGUGGAUGUAUUCAUUAGGACGGGCGUUAUUAGAUACAACUCCUAGAGUAGCGGCACUAAUGGGAACCGUUUCCGUUUCGCCCUCCUCCGCCCUGCAGUCGGUUUUGGCUGCCAUGACGGAACCUGAUCCUCGCAGACGUGCCUCUUUGAUGAAUCUACUCGACGUAAUAUCCGAGUAUUGCCGGACACGUCUACAAACGAAGCCCUUCACGCAUAUAGUGAUGGACAUGUAUCAGGAGGUUCUGGGAUCGCCGCAAUAUGCCGUGCGGACACGAGCAAUCUACUACCAGCUGAACACCCUGCACUCUACGCGGAAUAUCAUCGAUCAGUCCAAUCAUCAAAAAAUCUACGGCCAACAUUAUCAUCAUCGUCAUCAUCAUCAAGCACAACGGCGACAACAGGACCACGUUCAACCCGUAAAUGGUCAACCGCCGUCUUUUCAGCAUCAUCAGACUCGUCUCCUGCAACAUUCAUCGGCUGCUCAGUCACAUAAUCAACAACAAGACCCUGCUCAACACUCAGUCCAUCAAUUUCGUGCGCUUCAACAACAGCAAGAACACACGCAACAACAGCAGCAGCAACAACCGCCACCACCACUACCGCCGCCGAAAAAUCAUCGCCAUCAUCAUCAUCACAUGAAGGAAGCGCGCUUUCGCACGCAGUCACGCAACUCUCAGUCGCAUCCUAACUUGACGAGCCUGUGCGGGCCUGUGCAACAACAACAACAGCCACCGCAGCAGCAACAUCAUCAGGAGGCGACGCUGAGCGCGUGCCGGGUGCAGUUUCAGUCCCAACUGGACAUCCAAAACGGCAGCCGAUCGAUAGGACCGGCGGCGACCCACCAUCAACGCAGACACCAUCAUUCGAGGACGUACUCGCAGCCGGUCUACACACGACUCCAGCACACCAGAAGCAGCGGCAAUCUACCGACGACGACGAACGCGGCGAACGGCGGUAAUCCCGGCGGGGAUGUUUACAACGACCCGAUAUACGCCCUGCCGGUUAAGCCCUUCUUGAGCUCCCAGGACGUGCGAGUCAAUGGUCUGUCGGCGAAAACCCCCGCAGCAACCCGUCGCGGCGACGAUAUUUACGGCGGAUCAUCGUCGAUAAGCAGGCAUCCGUCGAACACCGGCUGCUCCCAGCCCGACGAGGCAUCGCAAACGAACGAGCGCCUUUGCGAGGACAUUUACGGGCGAGCGCCUUCGGGAAGGAUGUGCCUGCAGAGGCAACACUCGAACCCUCAGUUGCCGAGCAGAACGCAAGCUGACGAGGACUUCAAGCGGCUGUCGCAGCCGAGUGUCGCGACGACCGAGCCUCGAUGCACCGACGUCGUCGCGCGUAAAGAAGAACAGACGACACGACAACAAAAUCCAGUGUCUUCCAUGAGGCUCCGGGGAAUUCAAGGACCCCCGAAGCCACCUCGAAUUAUAACCACCCUGAGGAAAGCCGCACUCUCCGACUCGGAAUGUAACAGCCAAACGGAACCGCCAGCAAAACCCCCCAGAAUCAUAGUGCGAAAUGGACCGAGAGCUCGACGAGGAAAGGCAGUGCAAAGGGCACCAUCGCGACUUUACCGAACGGUGGGUGGGCCCAUGAGAUGUUUCAAUAAGGCGCAAUGUGUGGGCCCAGAAUUUGUGGUUCGCGCUAAUCAGCCCCCGAAGACAUUGUGUGUGGGUCAAGUUAAGGCGGGUAACUCUGGCCGAAUAGUCGUAAUAAUGCUGACAGGACAACGAGUGGAGGUAACCUGCGAUCCUCAAAAGGUCACCGCUGGCGAUUUAUUCCAGGCUAUUGUCCAAGCAGAGAGCCUCGACGAGAACUUCACUCUGGGUCUGGCCGUGCUACUGGCCGGGGAUUUCGCGAUGUUACCCCUGGACACGAAAUUGAAUAAGGUCGCGCCACCGGGAUGGCUGAGCAGCGGCAAGAGUAAAAGUCUUUUGGGUUUACCGACCAGUUUCAUGCUAUACCUGCGACUUCGAUUCUUCCUGCCUUCCUUACGCGGCAUCAGGAGCUGGAUAUCGAAGCAUCUAUUGUAUCUACAAAUAAGACGGUGCAUACUGGAGCAGCAGCUGGUAUGCCCCUACCCCGAAUUGAUCAAUCUAACGGGCCUCGCUCUUCAAGCCGAAUUCGGGAAUUACAAUGUUGACGAGCACGGAUGCGGGGAUUACUUCCUACUCGAGCACUACGUGCCAGAAUCCUUGAUAAUGAAUGCGGAUCGGCAUCAAUCGCAGCCGUGCGUCGAGGCGAAUGCCCUACGGGCGCAGCUACAUCGCGCUCACCACGACCGACGCGGCUUGGACUCCAACAAAGCCGAGGAGAUGUUCAUAACUCACGCGCAGUCUCUGCCGGAUUACGGCUCGCACUACUACAUCGCCACGGUGGACUCCAAGGAGCUGGAGAAGCUGAUGGCGCAGCAGAGGAAGAGCAAGACCAACAUCGACAAACGAGCCGGCAACGCGGCAUUGUCGCAGGACAGCACGAAGGACGCUUAUCGCUCGGAGAAAACGUCCGUCCCGAGGGAAAGUAGGAUAGGAAUCGCGCGAUUAGGCCCUCGUGAGAACGCUCCGAUGAUCCCCUAUACAGAAACUGGCGAUAUUUACGCCGGGCAGAAGUGCAAGUUGCACCGCGACGAGAUGUGCAAUAAGCACAACCAUGUGAUUAACAACAACAACAACAACAAUGUAAAUGGCAACAACAACAAGAACAGUAAGACUGGGAAGAGGAAGACGGAGAGUAACGUGUGGCUGGCGAUACACGCUCAAGGGUUGAAGCUACUGGAGAGAGGGGGUGAGCCGAGAGAGAGAACGGAACUGGCCCACUUUCCGUGGCGGGACGUGCAGACGCUGAGUUACAGCAAAAGCUGCCUGGUGGUGUACAGCAAACUGAACGGGAAGCGGUGCAAGUUCAAGCUACGGAUGGAUCAUCGAAAAAGUUACUUCGCUUUUAAGCUCACCUCCCUGCACCAUCAGUUCUUCCUCAGACUUCGCUCGGAGCUUACGUCGCUUCAGGGCCUCGCGAAAGAUUUUGGAGUGCCCCUGAUUACGGAAAGCAAGACUACACCGUCGAAGUCCAAGAUCGGCGAGGGCAAGACUAAAAUCACGAUUGCGAACACGGUCAUGGUGCAGCAAAGAAUGAACUAUCCGAUGCAAUUAGAGGAGUAUCAAAAUAAGGAGAACGAGAAUCCUCAGAAGGACGCCAAUGCACCUGCUGCGAAAGACGUCGGUCGUGAGCCCGGCUUUUACUCGCCCGAAGAAGACGUGCUUUACGCGCAGGUGAACGUGCGAUUGGAACCGGAGGGCGAGUCGCGAGACACCGAAGAAGAAUCGGAUAGGGGUCUGACUACACCGGAAAUCUUGUUGGACUCUAAAGAAACCAAAUCGGAACAUGGUAAAUUGUACGGAUGUACAGUGUUAGACAGUGAGGCUGAAACCGAAUGUACGUAUUCACUUCCAAAAGCCAUCUCGAACAACAUUAACCAGCUGGAUAAACCUAACAAUCCUGAGGAACUGUAUGCCGCCAUUAAUAAGGUUCGUCUGUCGGGAAAAAACGAGUUUUCUGCUCCGGAAGAAGUUUGGAAAGCGUCGGAUGUGAAGAAGACACUACAUAAGAUGAAGACAUCCAGUUUACCGAACUACGGCACGCCGAGGCAGUCGGGUGGUUUUCGCACACCCAGUUUACCACGUCGAUUGGGUGUGAAAAUGGGAACACGCGCGAUCUACAGCAGUUUGGCGCAAAAAGACACCGCGCUUACCGACGACAUGGAAUCACUAUCUGUGAAGUCCGAUACGGAAUCGUCCAUUCAAUCGCUAUCAGCACGAUCCGUAGAAUCACCCAUGCCAGAAGCAUACGUGUUGAAUGCCGAUAUACGAACCGAUGACGAAACAUUCCGAGUUCCUGAAGACGAAUCAAUGUCCGCGUCUCUAAUGGCUCGCUUAGAGGAGCUGUCAUUCGCCGAAGAACGCAUUUUGCACACGAUUAAUUUGGAACGAGGCCACGGUGGCAGCAUAGGGUUGCAAGUAACGGAAGGUAACGACGGUGGAGUUUACGUGCAAGCAGUCUCUGUCGGCGGAUCGGCCGAUAUGGCCGGGAACGUUAAUAAAGGUGACCGAAUUGUAGCGAUAAACAAACAGAAUCUGCUAAAUCUCCGCUACGAAGAUGCUCUGAAGAUGCUACAGAGCUCCUCCGAAACGAUCGAGUUGGUCCUCUCGAAAGCAGUUACCCGGAAGAACGCGGAAUCGAGGGAUGAACAGGAUCAAGCUCCUGCAGACAACAGUUACUUACAUGACAUCAGAUUCGACGUGUCGUCAGAGGCGGAGACAUCCAGCGUGACGAACAAAUGGAUCGUUCAGAAAACCACGGACGUAGCGUCGGUGCAGAACACCUCGAGCGCAUAUAGCAGCGCCGCGUCUAGCGCCAUGGGUAACCAUAAUGCGAACAGCCUGUACAUGACUGAUCUCGUUGACAAUAAUACGGUAAAAUCUGCCAAUAAUGGAAGCUCGACUGAACCACCCGUGCCACCGCGGCGUACGAAGCGCAAGAUCCAAACUGCACCGAUCGCAAUGUCGAUACCGAACAGUGCACCUGUGAGGGAAACCACGAGCGACACGAGACCUCAGCAAAAACGUCCGCCGUCUCUGCCGCCCCCGCCGGAGAAAUGUCGGCGGAACAAAUCUCGACCCACUGAAACCUGCCAGCCGCAAUGCGACACUGCGAGCUGUCCGACGGCCGAAAGUGUCGCGAGUGAAUACCACCAGCGCGACAGCCACAUCGACAUCGUGGCUGGCGUGAUCGAGGCGAAGUCCCCGAGAUCGCGCGACACGAUAUCCACGAGGGAGAAAUCGACGGGCGACGCAAACGAUGACCCAAUUCCGGGAUCAACCGCGACGUCGAGAGUGCCAUUCCUAUCCGUCGACGUCGCGUCUACGCGAAAGCCACUCGACAAAUACCCACCGCUCUUUUUCACGACGCGCGAUUUCCAGGACGUGAUGCCCGCCACGUGGAAGAGAGAAAACACCGCCGACGCGCCUUCCAACGCGGCUCCCGACGAGUCGCCGGAUCCGCGCGAGCAGGUGUCCUCGGCGACGUUUACGCUGGAUGACGGCGACGACAAUGACGACGAGGACGUCUGUUUUCGCGUGACAACGACAAAUCUGCCGUUCGAAAGGUGCCUCGAACGAUGGAAGAGCCCUUUCGACGACGAGUUCGCUAUGAGAUUCGAGGACUAUCGUUUCGAAGGCAAUACAGACGGAAACGCUCGGAUAAACGAUAGAAGACCGCUUGCUCAUGACAUUUCCGAUAGCAAUGAGGAUUCGGACUGUCGGCUCGGCGCGAAAGUACGAUUCGUGAUCGAACCGCCGAGCUCUGCCAUUCUCGAGUUCGACACGGACGUGAAGAGCGCUGUACAAUGCGGAAGUUCGCGAAACUGUAAGCCCAUCUUCGAGGAAGAGCCUGACAAUCGAAAAUGUAGCGUCACUUCUUCCCUUGAGCUCGCUGAAACCCGAGACGAACGCGUGGAUGGGACAGAUCGCGAGAAUAAUCCACAAGGAAAACCAUGCAGCCCGAGUACCGACGAAAGUAAUGUCGCUGUGAGAGAAAAUAGUCCUCCUACACCGGCGGACGCAAGGAAAACGGUCGAGUUAAGCCCGCGUUGCGACGAUGAGUAUAACAACGUUAAUCGCGAAGAAAUUCACAAAGAGGACUUUAAUUCGAUAUCGUGGAACAAACGAGUUAGCAGAGAGAACUACAGAGUCGGAGAGGAAAAAAUAAUGCCUCCGGAAACGGCCAUUAUGAGAGAGGGAAAUGCUGAAAAGCAAGCGGAUCAAAUGCUGGACGCUUCUUCUAAGAUUACAGGGAACACUUAUCGUGCGACGGCGAAGAGCUCGGCAACGGCCCGCGGGACUGAAGAAACGAAAAUAACGUUAAAGAAAGCAGAACGAAAAGAAGAAGUACCGUUAACAAAAGCAAACGAUGACAUCAGAGAGAAGCCCAUUGCCAAGAACGAGAAGCUCCUCAUUGAUGAGUCACCUCGGAAUGUUUUAAACCGCCUCGACGGCAAUAACAGAUAUCUAGAUGACUCCUGCGACGGGAGAAUCUUCGUCGACGAUCUCGCGAGAAGAGGAUCACUCGGAAGCGAGAAGACUCGGCGAUCACCCAUUGACGAGAAUAAAGAAACCAGCGGCUGCUGGAAUCCCGAAAAUAAUCGCGAGCAAAUCUCGCCGUCGGAUGGGAUCUUUGCAGAGAGCGUUUCCGUCAAAGUCAGACGAAAUUCCUUCCUAGAGACUAUGUUGACUGACUAUUCGACAGAUCACGCGAUCAUCGACUCUAUGAUACCGUCUUCAAGCACGGAUGAAGAAGUAAGCGUCCCGCAUGAACUGCGAAAUAAAACACGGGAAUGGAGCAUAGAGAUCGCAAGAGGCAGCGCACGCUCGCGGGGAUCGAAUGGCGUGACGAAAGUGGAUGUAGAGAAUCCAGACAUUUCAAAGAAUUCGAAAAAGACGAAAGGGAAGACCGCUGUGGUCUCAGUCGGCGACGUAAAGCUAACGCAAUCGGAGAAUAAGAGCGCCGGCGAAGCGAAGAACGACGUAUUGAACGAGUUGUUAUGCAACUUCAACAGCAUCAAAUUGAAAACAGUGAGCCCGGAGACGAAGGGGACCGCAAAAACGCAAACAGGCGACGACGAAAGUCUCGCUCUUCCUGUCGCAAUCGACAGAAUUGCUGACGGGAGGUUGGAUGCGGGUUUCCAAACGCGAGUGCGGGAAAGAUCCUGGGACGAAGCUCGUGGCGUUCUCAGCGCAAGGACGAUCUCCACCGAAGCGGAUGGCAAAGCAACGAUCGCCGGGGAAGUCGCGAAAGAAGAAGUUUCCGCAGAUACGCAGAUCAAAGGUCCGUCUCGGGAUCUCAAAGGUGACACUCGUGAUCCCAAAGGUGACACUCGUGAUCCAGCGUUUGGCGAGGAGAUCGCGAGAUGUAACACUACCGAGACGACGAGAUUGGAGGUGGCGUCCCGCGGCGUAGAAAUCGCGAGGGAUACCUGCACGAAGACGAAGCUCGACAAGGAGUCUCCGGGUGUCAAGUCGAACGAGAUCCGCGCGAAAGCGAGUACCGGUGACACAUCUGAAGGCGCAGAAGGCGCCAACUGGGAAGUCAGAUCGAGAAGAUCGCGAGACGUUUGCGCUCCCAAGACGAUACUUAAGAAACCAAACGCCGAGUGCGAGCGGCGGGCGAGCGAGUUUCAGAAGAGAAUUCCCAUCGGGGCGCCCACGACGAUGAACAAGAUUUUCGACAGCAGAGAACUCGAGGCGAUAACGUACACGUCGCGUGGGAGUAGCCUGGAGGGCGGCGAGGUGCGCGGAGGAGCGACUUCGAGGGUAACUCAUGGUCGCGGCGACGAGAAGAAGACUGACGAAGAAGUAAUCGCGGACGACGUGGCCGACGUCGAACGAAGGCUUGCGAGUCGGCCGGCAUUAGCGUUAGAGAAUAGUGGCGAUAAGUGUGCCAUAGCUAGGAAGAUCACUACUUCCGCAACCCCUUGUAAUAAUAAUGACAAUAACAGGGCCGUAACACCCGUAGCCGUAAGUAACGACCAAUCGCCCCGCGACGUUGUAACAAUAACCCCGGGGAAAGUUAGGAGCUUCGUUAAGUACUACGAGAUUCGGGGCGACGCGACCACCGAGAUACAUUCGAAAAUCAACGGUAGCGAGAGAGUAGCUAGACGCAAGUCCACGAGGAGUCCACCAGAGACAGCGCCGACCGUCGCCGCGAGGAGCUCGCAGCGACCGGAAGUGACGACAGCACGAAAAGAGACGGGGGAAGGCGAAAGCCUCCUUAGGUCGCACGGUGAGGUCGACCUUUUGACCUUUGUCACUUCAAGAGUCCCGGUAGACCUUCACAGCUUAUUGGCAGACGGUGAAACGACGCGAACAGAAUCGAUGGUGACGAAGGAGCGCGAGAGGAACGACGUAUCCGACAGGGAGACACGUGCGCAACACACCAGAGCUAGCGUGAAAAAGUCGGUACAGUUCCUAGGCGGGUUUACCGUGAUCCACUCGAGAAGUUUCGACGAGUCCGCGGGGACCGCCGCAGACUACCACGCGAGCUCAUCGAGAAAGAGGAGAGCACCCGGAAGACCGCCGUCGCGGGAUUCCGACGUUCGCCAGGGGCUUGUUCGUGAAAUCGCAAAGUCGGACAAAUUGCCGGAUACUGAGGAGAGUUCCUUCCAGCGACGGGAGGUCGCUGCUCAGGUACAUGCAGUAGCCGGUCACGAGGAGAAUUCAGGUAUUAAUCGCUUCGUUACAAAACCAGAGACCCCACAGCUCGUAUUUUAUUGUACUGUAUAAUAUGUAGUCUUUAUAAGCCGUCGUUGCUCCGAGUCUCGGUAAAUGUUGUGUCGAUACGAGUCCCUAUGAAUGUGUCUUUGAUUUUCGCCACCAACCGAAGAAUAGAUUUUACGAUGCUACUACGUAAAGGUCGCUAAAUAAUUUACGCUAAUAAUUAACGCCCGUUACAUAUUAUUCUUAUCAUUUUAUCUAUUAUCUUUACGUAUGUUUGAAUUCAGGUUUACGUUGAAGACAAAGUCCAGCUUCUUAUGUAAAAUACUAAUACGUGCCACUUUCCUUUAUUUUCUACAAUUUGCCACUAAACCUCUGGUCUUAUAACCCGUAACGUCAACCCGGCUUCAUGAUUCUAGCAGGAUAUUUCGCACGAUGAAUAAAUCGAUAACGGGUAAAAUUUUUCAAAUUAUGAAUUCCGCUUUUAUAAUACACGCGCGGUCUGAUAUUCUAAUUUUAAAAAUAACUCUGGCUGAAAUAUAAAAAUUUUAAAUGAAAUGAUUUUCUAGAAAACUCAAUUCCGCUUUGCUUUCGUACAAAAUGAUAAAGUCCCGAUUUAUCCGUCAAAAUUAUUCAUUCGACUACGUUUCGAUAAACCAGAUACGCCACGCACGGGAUUUAGUUCCAAUAAGCCGGUCGCGCGCGCGUCUCGAUAAAAGCGACGGGUGGAUUUGCAAUGACCAAAUUUUCCGUGGUGUGGUGUCCGAAAGGAUUCGAGGAACGCGGUGAAUCGCUCGGCAAACAGAUCGUUGGCUAUGAGGUCGAGUACUUUAACUCGCAAGCGCGAUCUAGAUACUCCCGACCGUGAAUAAAUUCCGUCGAUUUAUGAAAAGACGAUGGUUUAUUUUCCGCCAGGCAAUUGUCCGGCCUGUAACUCGUAAAAUACUUCAAUUCCCGACUCCCUCGGCACGUUACACUUCUUUUCUGUCGAUUUGACUUUGCGCAGUGGAACGGAGUUAUUUCCAGCACACGAUGCACAUGCAACUAGAAUUCUCGCGCGUAUAUAAAAUUACAAUUGAGGGUAACGGUCCUAAUUAUGGGUCAUUUAAGGUUAGAGCGACUUUCAAUUAUUUACAUGAAUUUCCCGAUCGAAUAUCAAAACGUUGAUGAUGGCAUCAUAAGCAACCGACAUAAUAGUUUUAAAACAAAAUUAUUAGUUAAAUUAGCUAAAUUAGUUUAUUCUAAAUUAUAAGAAAAUAAUUGGAAAUAUUUUUUCUUAUGCGCGAGUCUCAAUUAUGGGUCAGCAGAUAUUACGCGCCAAAUUACACGAUGUUCAAUUUUAUAUACUGUCUAUAUUGUUUUAUUUUAUAUAAAAUAAUGGUAAAGCACAAUCUGCUAGCAGUUUUAUGAAUCUAAAGAGUUGGCAAACUGAUAUCCUAGAUUUUUAUUCUAAAAUAUUAAAAAGGAAUCUUACAAUAUAAUCGUAGAAGUACUAAGGAAUAUUUAAAAAAUUUGUUCCAUGUGUUUUCAUAAUAUUAUUUUCAUUGUAUUCUUUUAAUACAUCAAUAAACCGAGCUUGACUCGAGAUUGGAACUGGAGCCCAUAACCGGGACUGUUAUCUUACACUUGCAGUUAUGUCUGUGUGAAAUUGAGCCGACACCAUAAAGAGGCUGUUGAGAGUAUCUUCGAGCGUCUCGUUUCGCGAGCGUUCGCGUCGCGCGAACACAUUUGCAUCGAAUAUUCAUGGUACUUUUUUAACCGGGGUGACGUGGAAACCAGACGUCAUCUUGCACGAGCGGUACGAGCGGUAUCAAAGUUAGAAUUGCGAGCACGCUACUUUUUAGAAUCUCAAAGUUAAAAGCUACUGCUUGCGCGCGUGCAGAAAGGUCGUCGGCGAGCUAGAAAAAUUCGCCUCGCGUAGUAUCUAUUCUUCCACUAGGCACUCCGUGUAUCGUUAGUUUUGUGCUCUGUGAAUACUUUAGACACGCAUCUCCGAGAGCGACAACUUCCAGCUCUGUUAUUGUCGAAAUCUUCCUUGCGAUUCCUUGGGUGAGAGGCUGUUUUUCGGUAGCAUGAUGAAUGGAGGAAAUUACUUGGUAAAUUGCUCGCAGCUAUAGGUGGGCGAUUUGCAGGUAGGCAGGUUUGCGACGAGAGAAAUGCACUUGUUGCGCCGUUUAUGUUGCACGCACCUGUCUAGGUGUGCUCGUUUAGGAUUACUUGGGCCGGCCCCGGGACCGGCUUCAGCUCUUGGGCCCUACCUGAUUUAGUACCUUCGCAAAUACGUAGCGCCGCAAAAGUACGUUUCGUUGGCAGACGUCGGCAUUGUGCGACGGGUCGUAUAUUUUGUUUUUCUAGUAGUUCGUAUGUUCUGUUCUUUUAGUGAGUAAAUGAGUGAGUGAGUGAGUGUAUGUGUGUGAGAGAGAAAGAGAGGCCUAUGUAUGUAUUAUAAUUUCUAUAGAACGAAUGUCUCUCUCGAGAAGUAGCACGUUUAACAGCGAGAUACAUGAGAGCGCGUGAUUAAACGCAAUUGACAGAAUGCUAUCUCGUCUUAUUGUGAUCCGUUUGUUUCUCCGUGUUGGCGUGAAUGCUUUACCGAAUAAAAACGCAUGUAAUAUCGUAAUACCGUGGCGCAAAAGCGUUCGUAGCGGAUGCGUGUAAUCCUCUUUUACUGAGUUCCUGUCCGACGCAGCUUACGCAAUAAGGGCACCGGGUGUCACAACGGAAGUACUUUUUACGAUGAUGGAGCGACACGUGAUAUAACCCCUCACCCCCUCCCCUCCCCCCGGAGAGAACGUGCAAUUCCGCGAUAAACGAGACGUAACGCGCCUGUAAUUACGUAACGGUACGUUCUGUUGACUCAUUGUAAGUAUUAUGAUUUAUCGGAGCGAGAGCGUAUAAUAUACCAUUGUGCGAGCCGAGAGCGACGCGAGUUUAGGCAGUUAGGUGCUGAAAAUGCUUGUUACACGAUUUAGUACUAUUAUACGCAUAUAUAUAUGUAUGUAUACUUGCUACGCGUAUUAUUACCAUAUACAACUAUAUGUACACAUCGUAAAUGUAAGUAUUAUUGCGCGGUAACGAUUUCUGUAAAAUGCUAUGCGAACAAACGCCCUCCUCCCCCUCCCCACCCCCUUCCCCCGUUGUGUGUAAUGUGUGUGCGUACGUUUUAUAACGUUACUCGUCACCAAUAGAUAGGUCUAUGUCGAAGUGCAGAUUUUGCGUAGAUGUAUCACGCGAGGGGAUCCGAUCGCGCGCGCACGUGGAGAAAGCGAGGCGGUAAAUUUCCCGAACGAGACUUCUCCUUCUCACCGUCGUUCGUGCACACACACGCCAUGAUGUCAUAUAAACGAUACAAAUUAAUUUUUGCUCAGAGAAAUGUAAUACCAAUGCAAGAGAGCCGUGGAUAUUAGCGCGAACGAUUAACCUCUAAAAAACGGAGGAAGUUUCUCUCGACAAAAUAUUCUCGAAAUUUGCAUACGAAAUUUUUCGGGAUCCCAAAUCUAUUGUUCUUUAACAAAUUUCAGAAUCAAGCAAACUACUUAAUCGUUGCUAAUCAAGCAACCUCGGUAGCCAAUCAGCCAAUUAGUCUUCCCUAUAUAAAAAUAAAGUCAUAAUGCAGGUUUUUGAAGUCGUUGAUCAUGAAUUAAAAUUAAAAAUUGCGGAUUCAAUGUGACGGUUCAAAAUUAGUAUUUUCGAUAUUCCGCUGAUAAUUUACGCUAAAAUAUGUAUACUCGUGUUCUCGAAGUUGCUAAUCACGAAUCCACGGUCAGAAUUACAAAAUUGCCACAUAUCAUCGAUUUCAAUCGUCAUAUUGGAUCUGCCGUUUUGGAUUUUGUAAUUCUGAUCUCAGAUUCGUGAUCAGCGACUCCGAAAAUCUGUAUGACUUCAUUCUUGUGUGCAAAAAUAUAAAAAUCGGCAAUGUUGAGUCGGUCAUUUGGAAUUUGGAAAUUCUGACCUCAGAAUCGCAAUUAGCAAUUCUGAAAAUCUUAUAUACAAGAAUUUUUAAUCCAAUUUGAUUGAUACAAAAACAUUUUGGUUUACAAAAACCAAAAUGAUGGUACCGCCCGUUCUUUAGGGGUUAAAUUGUGGGAGGAUAAUAUUGUCCGACAGUGUAAACGUAUGUUUAAAUAGGAAAUGCGCAAUUGGGGUUUUCAAGGAAGAAUUAAUUAAAAAAUAAUUGGAAUUCUUCUUUUCGAGAUUGAUUUAAUGUGGAAAGUUCAUCACGUGCGCGCGUUUACACUGUGUGAAACAAUAUUACCGUCAUAAUUUAAUCAAUCGCACUAUCAUCCAGCGCAUAGUUCCUAUUGGCUUUAUAUUUCUCUUAAUGUCAUUACACACAAAGCUUUUCGCAUAUAGCUUAGUAUUAAUUUUGAUGCAACCAUCGAAAAUCUCUUCAUAAUUACUUUAGUUUACAUCGACAACGCUCUCGAACGCCGAGGCGGUGCUAAGAGCCAUAUUAUUUCCGAUAAUCGAAUCCGAUAUAGCUUCACAAUGAAUCCUUUCCACCAGAAACGACAGAUUAAGAGAGAUUAAGAUUUAAAAAAUCCGCUGUGUACAUUCCCAGACGUGUCGGACGAAAGAAAUUAGGAGAUUCUCGUUCAGUAAUAACACGAAAAAGAGAGAGAAAAUAAAAUGCGAUCGUAUUGAAAAGCAAAUAAUGUAGAACAAUUUUAUCGCUCUUUUUCCCCCCUCAAUGCGUUUUUUCAGGCAAAGGACAUUUAAUGCUAUUUUAUAAUAUUUAGGAGAUGAUUUAUAAGUGACUGAGCCGCGUCAGUCGUGCCGAGCUUCACGCUUGGCUCUACGCGGCAAUGCAAUUUGUUGUCGCGCUAUGCAAUUUUACGUUCAUUCGGACAAAUAUAACUCCCGACAGUACACUGUACGUUUAUAUUUCCUCUAAAUGCCGAAUAAAUUAUUAUUUUUUAUGCUGUAUAACAGUUUCUCUCUUUCAUUCGUCCGGCCCUUUCGUAGAGCUGCCAUCGUUCGCUAUAUCAACAGAAAUGUAUUCUGCAAUCUCCAUUAUCUUUCCAAACUGUAAUAUUUAUGUUUGUUUUGUGCCAUUAAAAGUGUGCAUACUUUUGACUAAA